AUGAGGGGUUCGAGCUCUUUUUCUGCUCACGCAGACGUCAAAAAUGCGACCUGUCUGGGAGGUAUAGACUAUACCAAAGAAGAUUUCGACUGCGACGAACGAGUGCAGGCUAUGGGCUAUGUGGGUGAGCAUUCAGAGAGAGUGUGGCUUUACAGACUCAUCCGUGACCUCGACUCGGGUAAAGCAACUCCUGAUGGAGGAAAUGUCGAGUCCUCUUCCAUAUCUUCUGUGAACUACUUUCAAGAUGAGUCGAAUAUCGCCCCCCUCGAGGAUGUGGAUCUGCUAGGAUACCCUCACCAACACAUUGCGGACCGACUAGUCAACGGCUAUUUCCAGACCGUACACUCAACAUUCCCACUUAUCGAGAAGACGACAUUCUUGAACCAAUACCGUUCUUUCUACUCGAACCGGAAUAUGCGACCCGAGAAACGAUGGUUGGCAAUUUUAAACCUCAUAAUGGCCAUUUCAGCGAGACAUUCGCUACUUGUGGACGAACGGUCUCUCGGGAAACAUAAUCAACAUGCGGUGUACUUUUCGCGCUCAUGGUGGUUGGGCAUGAGCGGCAGUAUAUUGUCAGACGAUCUCAAUCUGCAGCAAGUGCAGAUCGAGGCUUUGACUGCCUUCUACCUCCUUUCGAUUGGUCAGGUCCAUCGGUCAUCAAGGCUUCUUGCGGUCGCAAUCCGAUCGGCUAUGGCGAUGGGACUCAACUGUAGCCAGAACGAUACUAUUGAGGCCUUUCCCGAGACUCGAUACCGGGCAUGGUGGGCAUUAUUCAUGUUGGACACGGUCCUAUGCGUCAUUAUGGGUCAGCCGCCUUGUAUCGGACGAUCUAACUGCACACUACCGCUGCCUAUUCCCUCUGAAGAGGACUUUGGAGUUCAGCGUGUGGUGCAGUGUAUUACCAAUCAAGCAUCCCGGAAUAACCUUAUAACCUCUGUAUUUGCUGAGGAUCCCGCAGCACAAGCGCGAGAGGACACAUUGGAUCACACAAAUCCAGCACAGUAUGGGUCGAACACAGAAGUGGCAGAUGAGCAAUCUGCUCAUGUCCCAUCUCUUACUCCUAUUCAUAGCAUGCCAUCGCUUUUAUACAUGGUAGACCUGUCAUUCCUUUUACGAGAGGCUAUUAAUACUUUGUACGCUCCCAGAACGGCGCGACGAUCGUGGCUUGAGAUUGAACUAGCGAUUUCAACUUUCAAUAACGAUGCCGACAGUUGGUUCUCACAUCUGCCAGUUGAGUUCCAUGCCACAGAGUUAGCUGAAGCUCAGCCAUUUGUACUUCAACGCAUCGGCCUGGCUUUCCGUUUCUAUACCACCAAGUUAAUAAUCUUACAGCCUUGUCUUCGCCGUCUUACUCGGUUGCCACAACCCGGGUCUGUCUGCGAAACUUUGGCGACCACAUGCGUUCAAGUGGCGAUGCAAAUGAUCAACCUCUUGCCCGAGAAGGUGGACGUAGCCUGGCUAUACAGGGUCACUCCAUGGUGGUGUGUCCUCCACUAUAUCAUGCAAUCGACCAGUGUUCUCCUGAUUGCGGUAUUCAAUCAAGAUCUGCUGCAUUCCCGUGUUACUAUCGGCAUCGGCGAGAAGGUCGAAAAGGCUAUCCGGUGGAUAGGUGAGAUGUCCACUAAGGAUUCCUCCUCGCGGCGGGCAUGGCUUUUUUGCAGGAAUCUUCUCUCUCGGCACGGGUCAAAGCUUGAAUUUAAGAUUGAUCUCGGGCUCCAGGAACCCUAG